UCAGACUUUCAUAUCAUCUCUCUCUCUCCACACCCAAAUCGCCCCCAAAAGUUUAAGAGAGAGAAAGAGCGAGAGACCCAGAAAGAAAUGGCGAAGCUUGGACCAACCCCAGAUGCGAUUUCGACCCUCUUGGCCAACCCAUCGCCGAAAGAGUCCAGCCCGAUCCCGGAGAUCGUCGUCCAGGUCGUCGACCUCAAUCUUAAGGGCAUCAACCGUUAUAUGUUUACUGCUAGUGAUGGAAAGAUGAGGCUAAAGACGAUGUUGAACACAGAAUUGAGUCCUGAUGUUAUUUCUGGGAAAAUUCAGAACCUGGGCCUCAUUCGACUUCUUGAUUACACUGUUAAUGACAUUCCAAACAAGCCCGAAAAAUAUAUGAUUGUAACAAAAUGUGAGAUGGUCUCACCUGCGCUUGAGAUGGAGAUUAAAAGUGAGGUCAGUAAAGAUGAGGUGAAAGGAGAACAGGUUGGGAUUAUUUUGAAGCCCAAGCAAGAGAUGGUGACUAAAUCAGCUGCUCAAAUUAUGCAUGAGCAGAAUGCAAAUAUGGCCCCGGCUGCACGAAUGGCCAUGACCAGAAGGGUUCAUCCUAUUGUUUCCUUGAAUCCUUAUCAAGGCAAUUGGACCAUAAAGGUUCGUGUUACAAACAAGGGAACCAUGCGUACUUACUCGAAUGCUAGAGGUCAAGGCUGUGUCUUCAAUGUGGAGUUAACAGAUGAAGAUGGAACUGAAAUUCGAGCUACAAUGUUUAAUGAAGCUGCCAAGAAGUUCUAUGAAAAGUUUCAACUAGGGAAGGUCUAUUAUGUUUCAAAGGGAGCUCUAAAGGUUGCUAACAAGAAGUUUAGCACAGUACAAAAUGAUUAUGAAAUGACCUUAAAUGAGAAUUCUGAGGUGGAUGAAGUCAGCAAUGAAGAAGCUUUUGUUCCUGAAACAAAAUUUGAUUUUAUCCCAAUUGAUAUGUUGGGUCCCCAUGUUAACAGCAAGGUGCUUGUGGAUGUUAUUGGAGUUGUUACAAAUGUGUCUCCUACAAUGAGCAUCAGAAGAAAGAGCGACAAUGAGAAUAUCCCAAAGCGUGACAUUACCAUUGCCGAUGAGUCGAAAAAAGUGGUUGUGGUUUCUUUAUGGAAUGAUCUUGCAACUGGUGUUGGCCAGGAAUUGCUGGACAUUGCUGAUCAAUCUCCUGUAGUUGCUAUCAAAUCCCUUAAAGUUGGAGACUAUCAAGGUGUAUCCUUGUCUACGUUGUCCAGGAGCUCAAUAUUUGUAAAUCCAGAUUUACCUGAAGCAAAGAGGUUGAAAUCCUGGUAUGAUUCUGAAGGUAAAGAGGUUUCGAUGGCAUCUGUUGGCUCUGGUAUGAGCCCAUCAGCCAAUAGUGGAGCAUGGUCCAUGUACUCUGAUAGAAUCUCCCUGUCUUAUUUGAAAGAUAACCCGUCCUUGGGUGAGGACAAGCCUGUGUUUUUCAGUGUUAAAGCUUAUAUAAGCUCCAUCAAGCCUGAUCAGACUCUCUGGUACCGGGCUUGCAAAAUGUGCAACAAAAAGGUGACUGAAAGUCUGGAUGGUGGUUUCUGGUGUGACGGGUGCCAGAAAAAUGCUGAAGAAUGCAGUUUAAGGUAUAUAUUAGUUGCAAGAGCUAUGGAUGCAACUAGUGAAGUAUAUCUUUCUGUGUUUAAUAAUGAAGCAGAGAGAAUUAUUGGGUGCUCUGCAGAUGAGCUGGACAAACUGAGAUCAGAGGAGCACAGUCUGUACGAGGUGAAGUUGAAACAAGCUACUUGGGUCCCUCAUGUUUUCAGGGUCAGUGUUUCUCAGAAUGAGUACAAUAACGAGAAGAGGCAAAGGAUAACUGCCAGGGCAGCUGCUCCACUUGAUUUUGCUGCUGAAUCAAAAUUUUUGCUAGAAGAGAUAUCAAAGAUGAAAGCUUCCUAAUUUCUAAUAGACUGCCUAUGCUCUUUUUUCAUUAGAAACUAUGGUUCUAGAGCCCAUUGAGAAAAGGAGAUGAGGAUUACAGGCAAUUCACCUUUGGUCUCCCUGCCUUAAGUCACUGGCUGUGUUUUGUCAUUUUCCGGAAGAGCAGUUGUCAUGACAUUUCAAAUGUUGGUUCUCAUAACAUGACUUGUGUAUGCCAUUUUAGAGUUUAGACCAGUACAGAUGGUCUUGUUGAAUUCUAGAAAUGCUAAAACCUUAUCUAUUUAUUAUAUAAGAGAGUUAUUAUAUGUA